GCAUGACGUAACGCAUACGUAAAUAUAAACACCUGUCUAGGGAGAACGCGUGGACGAGAUGAGCAAACACCUCAAAGACAGGGAUGAAGACGAGAGAGGAAGCGAUAUGCAGUAACAGUGCUAUUUCAGCGAGCCGCAGAUGAUGCCUUGGAUAUAGCCGGCCCCCACGAGUGAUAUGAAUAACACACUGGAAGACGUACACACCUCUGGCAGCCUCGGAGAGAAAGCAGGGGUUUCUGGGAAAGGGAAGGGUAAUGUGAGUUGCUUUUCCAACCCAUCCCUCAUCCCUUUCCAUGGUCCUUUACAACCACCAAAUGCCCAGCUCUCCAGGAAUGCUGUCUGCCAGGGGAAUAGGAAAAUUGAAGAGGGAGAGGAGUCUCUGCUGGCUGCUCCUGUUCCAAGCCUUUUCCCAGAACUCGUUCCCUCAACCGUCUCAUCCCUUGUCUCCGAUUGUUUAUUACCCUCGACCAAAAGUGGCGCAACUCAGGUAAUCAAAGUGUAUAAUGAGGACAAUACAAGUCGAACAGUAGAGGUUCCCACUGACAUCACAGCCCGGGACAUAUGCCAGCUGUUUGUCCUGAAGAAUCACUGCAUUGACGACCACAGCUGGACUCUGUUUGAGCAUCUCACCCAUCUAAGCAUAGAAAGAAUCAUAGAAGACCAUGAAUCUGUUAUGGAGGUGCUGUCUGGUUGGGCCAUGGACACAGACAGUCGGUUAUAUUUCCGGAAGAACUAUGCCAAAUAUGAGUUCUUCAAUAAACCGCUGGAUUUUUUCCCAGAUCACAUGGUGUCCAUAUCAAGUGAAACCAACGGGAUGAUGAACCACUCUCAGCUAAUACAGACUUUUCUCAACUCAAGCACUUGUCCAGAGAUCCAUGGGCACCUCCAUGCCAAAGAACAAGGCAGGAAGUCUUGGAAGAAGUUCUACUUUGUCUUGAGGAGGUCAGGUCUCUACUUCUCCAACAAGGGGACAUCAAAGGAACCAAGACAUCUCCAGUUCAUCGCCGAGUUCAGUGACGGCGACGUCUACACGUUACUAUCAGCGAGAAAGAUACACGGAGCGCCUACGGACUAUGGCUUCUGUGUCAAUUCUACCAAGCGUGGCUCUCCACGGGACCUCAAGCUGUUAUGUGCAGACGACGAGCAAACCAGAACCUGCUGGGUCACUGCCAUGCGCCUCUUUAAGUAUGGGAUGCAGCUGUACCAAAACUUCAUUCAACCACACCAGAAACAGAAAACACCUAUGAGAAGUAUCUCCGAGAACUCCUUGGUGGCCAUGGACUUCUCAGGACACAAGAGCCGGGUGAUCGAGAACCCCUCGGAGGCGCUGUCCGUAGCCGUGGAGGAGGGGCUCUCAUGGAGGAGGAAAAGUUGCCACCGUCUGAGCUCCCAUGGAAGCCCGUCCACCUCUCAGAGUCCCAUGUCAAACAUAGCUCUCCAUAUGGCCCAGCCCUGGUUCCACAGCAAACUGUCCAGAGAUGAGGCACACCGCUUAAUCACUCAACAGGGUCUGAUUGAUGGAGUAUUUCUUCUAAGGGACAGCCAAAGCAACCCCAAUACAUUUGUACUGUCACUGUGUCACACACAGAGAAUCAAACACUUUCAGAUCUUACCGGUGGAUGAAGAGGGGGAAUUGUUCUACAGCCUAGAUGACGGUCACACGCGCUUCACUGAUCUGAUCCAGCUGGUGGAGUUCUACCAGCUCAACCGAGGAGUGCUGCCCUACAAACUCAAACACCACUGUGCCAGGAUCACCCUCUGAGGGGGAAGGGGUCUCCAAGGGCCCCAUACAUACCUUUAAUCACAGCCAAUAUCCCUCUAGAGAACCAACCACCCACGCAUCCCUCCUUCCCUCCCAUGCCAUGGCAAAGGAGACACCGAGAACACUUCCAGACAUAAGCAAACUGAAACCACUUAUCACCUUCCCUUCUAGAAUCCAUUCUCUUGGAGAAAACCGGGGUGAUCCAAUCUUUUGUAAUGACUUGUGUUUUUCACCAAACUAUGAAAUGGGUGUUAUGGUGAAAAAAAUACAUGACGACAUUGUGUCAUACGUGACCAUAGGUGUUGAGAAACCGUUGGAAAAAAGUGAAUCUACUGUAGAAUAUGUGACUGAGAGGGCUCUAUUGCAAGCCCAUUGGUUGCCCCUGUAUGUUAGCCCAGGUGUGGUGACGAAUCACAAACACCACGGGGACUGUGUCGAGUCCAAACUUCCGUUAAUAUACUGUAUACACAAUGCAAGCAUGAUCCACAUUGUAUCGGCUCACUUUACUACUCUCUAUGGGAAUAAACAUUUACUGUAGCCAACGGUUGAAACCGUAGAGCGAGAGCUGAUAUUUGACAGUGUGUGUUCACACCUCGAGUAGAAUGACCAGUGUGGUAUAGCCAUCAAUGUGCAUUAUCGGCACAGUUAAGCUGAACCUGGUAAUUAGUCAGUAGAAGGGGAUCACUGCUACCAGACAAGACGAGGCAUGAUGGGAAAUGUAGUAUGUUGUCUCUAGAGUAGGCUGGUGGGAAGAGCUAUAGGAGGAAGGGCCCAUUUGUAAUUGCUGGAAUGGAUUAAAUGAAAGGGGGGGGGGGGGUGG